GGCGCGGAGGGCGUCGACUAUAUAAAUAAGAGUGCGCUGACUUGAGGAAUGAAGCAGGAAGAAGGCCGAUGAGUGGAGCGGCCGGGCAGACAAGAUUCUGGAAAGGCACCGGAGUGGGACCUCAAACCUGCGACGAGGUUGCGCUUUUACCAAUUCGUCCCGAUAGCAGCGAUAAUAGGUUGGUGUCAAUGCCCAGGCAAGAAGCAGAAGAGAAAAAGUCCCUAAACUUUGCUCAAACGUUGGGCGCGGGUGGAGCACCUCGACCGACGAUAAUAUCUAUUAGUGAUGACUUUGGGCGGGUGGAUGAUAAGUUGAUAUGCCCUCGAAACUCUUUUCAAUUCAUUCCAGAUUAGCCUCGUGUGGGUGAGAAUCUGAAGACAGAGAAAUUAAAAGGGAAACAAAAAGUCUAAAAUUCAAAUCUCCAGUAAAUAGUCAG